AUGGACUCAAUUACUGAAAAAACAUUAAAAUGCCAAAAUUGUCAUCUUCCAUUACACAUAGACACUGCACUUUUAGAUUUAAGCACAGCUCAAAGGAACUUAUUAACUAAUUCUAAUAUUACCAAUGGUCAAGCAAAUGAGAUUACAAGUAUAAAAAGUCAGUAUACAACUAACACACAAAGUAUAAAUAGAAAUAAGAUACUGCUGUAUCCAAUCCCUGAAGACAGAUUAAGAAGGUUAGGUAUGAUUAAAGACCCAAAUGAGUUAGAAUUUAAAAAAAAUGGAUUUAAUGAUUCCUAUGUAUUCUUAAAAAAUGAUGAUUUUCAUAAUAAAACCAAUAAUAAAAAUAACAAGAAGACCAAUAAUAAUUAUAAUAGCCAAGAUAAUGCACGAGCAUUAAAAACAAUUCAAUUAAAGCAUUCAAUGUCAACAGAGACAGAUAGUUCUAUUUCACAAUUGGAUAAAAAAGAUGAUGAACAAAAUACAUUGAAUAUAAACGGUAGCCUCACCGAAGGAGAAGAUGAUGAUGAUGACGAUGACGAUGAUUUUAAAAGAUAUGACAUCACCACUGAUGAUAAAUCAUCUUUAUCAAGUAAAAAUUUAUCAACUCAAAUAAAUUCAUUAGUAAACGUUUUCAAUAUUUUAUCAACAAAUUCCAAUAUUGAUUAUCCAGUUUGUCAAGAUUGCUGUGAUUUACUCGUGUCAAGAUUAAAAACUCAGUAUAAUGAAUCAGUAAAAGAAAGAGAUACCUAUUUUCAAUUUAUUAAUCGUUUGGAAAAGCAGAAAAAAAUAAGUCAUGAAAAUACUGAUGGUAAUAAUAUUUCAGACACUCCAAUUCUACCAUCUACAAAUAAAAAGUCUGAUCAUCCAAAGCCUUCAAGCACCAAUGAAUUAAGCCAAACUCCAAAUGAUUUAGAAAUUGAAAGAAAGCAAUUAUUGGAGGAAUUAAUGAGGCUGGAAGAUGAAGAAGAGCAAUUAGAUAAGUUAAUCGAAAAAUUACAUACCCAAAUUGAUAACAAAAAAACUUUCGAGCAAAAUGUUUGUAAAAAUUAUAACGAAAAUGAAUUACAGCAAUUAGAAUUUAAAAAAGAAAUAGAAUCGUUAAAUAACCAAUAUGAAAAUUCAUUGAAUAAUAUGGAUAGGCUGAGAAAAUUAAAUAUUUAUAAUGAAACUUUUAAAAUAUCUCAUAAUGGGCCAUUUGGUACAAUAAAUAAUUUGAGACUUGGAGGUUAUGAUAAUAAUCAAAUAUCGUGGAAUGAAAUUAAUACUGCAUUGGGGCAAAUAAUUUUAUUGUUUUCUACUAUAAUAAAUAAAUUGAAUUUAAAUUUAAAGAAUUAUAAACUAAUACCUAUGGGAUCAUUUUCUAAAAUAUUGAUAUUUAAUAAUCAGUUGCAAGAUUGGAUUAGUUUAGAUGUAUUUAAUGAUGAAAAUUUUAAAAUUGGAAAAUUCUUUCGUAAGGAGACCGAUCUCGAUAAGGCUUUAGAGGCACUAUUAGAUAUAAUGAAUGAAAUUUCAAUAUCAUUGUCUAAAUUAAUCAUGUCUAAUUCAAAUACCAAUAAUAAAAGAGACCGAACUAUUAACGGCAAUAAUACUAAUUCUAAGGAUGGUAACCCAUUAAUCAAUGAAAUGAAUAUAUCUAUUGAUAAUAUUACUGGUAAUAUCAAUAAUAGUAAUUCUGUUGAAGUAGACGAUGAUUUUGAGGACGAUGAUGAGGACGAUGAUGAUAAUGAUGAUAAUGCUAUGGAUGACCAUGAACAAAAUAGAAAUCGUAGAAAUAAUAAUAGUUCUGAAGCAAUGCGAAACAAUAUAGAAGAUACUGUUGAGCACAUAAAUGAGCUCUCGAUACAUAAUAAUAAUAAUAACAACAUCAAUAAUAAUAAUACUAGCAUUACUUCUAAAACAAAUGCAAAUGGUGUUAAUACAUCUAGAGAUAAUAUACAUGUUCCUAAUCAAGAUGAUAACCGCGUUGAAUUGCCUUAUCCAAUGUACAAGGACACCAUCAAUGGAAUAUCGGUCAAGCUUUAUGGUAGCAAACCAAAUUUAGAAUGGACAACUGCUAUGAAAUUUUUAUUAACAAAUGCUAAAUGGCUAUUAGUUUAUUCUUCUAGUAGAUUAAGCCAUUGA